AAGAUUGAGCGCGAAAUCAUUUGACAAAGCAAAAUCCAAAAAAUUAUCAAACAAUUAUAAGAAAAUUAAACUAUGGUCAAUGACGUUUUAAAUAUCAACGAAUUAUCUUGUUAUUUUAUGAAUUACAUAUAAAAUUUGGUUAUAAAAUCUCUAUAAAACAUUUAUUGAUGAUGGUAGAGGAAACAACAGAGGGGUCUAUAGAGGGGUCCUUUCAAGCUUCUGUCCUGAAAGGUCAAGAAUAUGAGUCGUAUAAUUUAGAAAAAAGAUUGAGUUUUAGUGAAAAAAUAUCUGGUGAUAAUGUUGCAUUGAUUGAUAUUAACAACAGUUCUGUUAACUGUAACUCAAAUGCAAAUAUACCUACUUUAAAUACAAAUGAUGACAAUUAUGAUUCAGAAAAUGAAGUUUUAUCAACAAAGCAAAAGAAAUUUAAAAAUAUUUUAUCAUCAGAAGCGAAAAGCAAUAAAAAUAAAAAUUUAGGUGUCUCUAGCGAUUCUGAAGAUGAAGUUAUUAGUUUAAAAAAAUCUAUUAUAAAUGAAUCUAAGAAUUCUGAUCUUUUAACAAACGAGCAUGUUGAAUCAGUUAUUUUUGAAUCUGAUAAUUCUAAAAAUCCUACAAAAAAGAAGUUUAGUUUUAAUGAUAGUAGUGAUGAAGAAAUUUCAAAAAAAACUCAAAGUAAUGAUUACUCUAAGCAAAAAACUAACCAUGAAAAUAGAAAAUAUUCAGAAAGAUCUCAUAUCAAAAAGCAAAAGAUGAAUAAUUUAUUAACCAAAAUUAAAAAGAAAAAAAAAAUUGAACCAAAUACUGAAUGUGAAAAAACAGUUACAAAUCAUCUCGAACCAGAAAAUAUUAUGCUUGCCAAUUUAGAUAAUAAAGAUUCGUCUUCUCAAAAUGAAUUGUUUUAUAAAAAGGAAUCAGAAGAAAGUUUUGUCCCAAAUAAUAAUAUAUGUGAUGAUUUUAAAGAAGAAAAAGUAGAAGAAACUAAGAAAAGUGAAGAAGAUGAAGAAUAUAAUAUAAAAGAAUCUAUUGAUAUUCCAAAUAAAAAAAAGAUUAAAGUAAAGCGAAUUCGUAAAAGUGAAGUUCAAGAAGUAAAAAGUGAACUGCAAAGAAUGUCUAGAGAGCAAACUUUUAAAAUUCCGUCACACGUUCCUAAGGUACGACCAAUCCAAGAAUUUUUAAAGCGAGUUCCUAAACUGAAAAGUACUAGUAAAGAGGACGAGAAGUUAAAAAAGGAUUGUGAAACUUCACCAUACCAGCAAAUUAUCGGAAGAAAACCAAAGCUUAAUGUGUCUGCUGGUUCAAUUGAAUUCGAUUUUGAUGAAAAAUCUAAUAAAGAAACAAAUGAAUUGGAUUCAUUUCUGCAGAAACUUGCAAAACAAACAAACAAGCAGAAAAUUCCUGAUCCAUUAUUGGUAUUUGCUGAAAACAAAAAAAAUCAAUUUAAGAUUAUAGAAACAAAAAGUUCUCAAAUUCCAGGAGAGAAUCGAUUAGUUUUGAAAAAGCAAUUAAAAGAAAAGAUUAUAAAUAAUCGCUUGCAAAGUAGUCUUGAAAGAUCCAAGCAGAUGAAAAUGGAAAAUGAUUCUGAAGAAGAAUAUGUAGAUGAAGAAGUGUCAUCAAGUGAGAAUGAAGAAAGCGAUAAUAUAAUAAAUGAAGCUUCAGGUGAUGAGGAAAUUGAAAAUUGGAAUGUUGAAGACGAACGGAAACAAGUAGAAGAUAUCUUUGAUGGUCUAGAUGAAAAACAAAACAAAGAGCAACAGCUGAAGUCUGACAACGAUUUAUCACCCUCUAAGGAGGACCUCGUUAGGUGGGAAGAUUCUUCUAGCACAAUGUCAAGUAUUUUACCAGCUGGACAAGGAGAACCAUCAGACCAAAGAGCAAGUAGUUUGGAUGGAAAAAUAACACCGUCAACAAAGUUAUUAAAAAGUGUGCUAUUAGAUUCAGCUAGUAAAACAAGUUGUAGUAGUGAUACACUGAGAGAAAAUGAAGAAUCAUUGCUUAAUUUGCCAUGUGAAGACACUCAGGAUUUGUACAAAACAAGUGAACCAAUAAUUAUGAAAAGAGAUUCACAAAUGCAUCCAUUUUCAUUUUCUCUUGAUGAAGAUUCUCAUUUUGAUCAAAUACUUGAUUCUCAAGGAUUCUUACAAAGUAACAAAGUUGCUAAGACAACAACAAAAAAGCUAUUUGAAGACGAAUUAUCUUCUGACACCACUGGAAUGUCAAUGUCUCAAGUGUUAGGUUUAUGUUCUGGAAAGUUUUUCAAAAAUGAAUCCAUUAUGCAGACAAUAGAAUCUAGCAAAUCUCUGUUUGAUAUCUCAUCUGAUACUUCAAAGAAAAGUAAUGAAACUUCUACUGUUUUAUGCUCUACAGGAUUUGAUGAUAAUGUUAAUAACGAUGAGAGUAGUUGUUCAAGCUUUGGAGUUAACAAGGAAGCAAAUGCAAAUAGUCUUUUAAAUUUGUGCUCAGAUUCUUCUCAAAACAUGGAUGACAAUAAAAAAUCAAUUUUGUUUGACAGCAGUCAGCAAUUUCAAGACACUGGUUUAAUAGGAUUAUGCUCUGGUAAAUUUAUAAUAUCAGAACAAUCAGAGGUAGAUAGUUCGGACAAUGCUGUUGAUUUUUCUGUUGAGCUUUCUGCAUCUCAAUCACAGUCAAAAGAAGAGGAUGUUAAAGAAAACGAUUCAUAUAGCAAUGAAAAAUAUAUUGUCGACGAAGAGUAUGACAUUGGCGAGGAUGAGACAAAUGAAACUGACGUUGAUGAAGAAUCUUUAGAAGACACUAUGGUAAAUGAGGAUUAUAAAAUUCCUGAUGAUUCUGAAAAUGAAGAAAUAACAGAAUGGAAAGAAUCACAAGCUAAAGGGAAAAAACGGUUGAACAAAAAAGCAUUCUAUGAAAACGAAGCUGAACUUUCAGGCAGUGAUGUAGGGUCAGAAGAUGAAGAUUUAGGAAGUGAAUUUGAUGAGUAUGAAGAAGACUCUAUUGAUGAAGAUCUUCCUACUGAGGAGAAGUUAAAAAAACAAGUUCAUCGAAUUCACCAGAAAAAAGUUCUUGAUCAAGACAAGCAUGAGUUAAGAUUACUGCAAGAGCUUUAUCUUGAAGACGGUGAUUUAGGUGGUGGGGCAAAGAGAAAACGUAAUUUUCGGUGGCAAAAUAUUGAUGAUACCGGAUUUGAAGAUCAGUCAUCGCAUUUGAAUUCUGAUGGUGAAGAGGAGUUAAAUAUGGAUGCUGAUGUUGAACAAAAAAUUGUUAGGUUGCAAAAAGAAAGGUUUUUACAAGAACUCCAGCAAUCGGAAGGCACAAAUCUAGAUGAAAAUAGUCAGUCAAUCUUAAAUAUGAUUAAAGAUUCCAGUAAAUUUACUCCGCCUGCAUUUUCACAGUCACGACUGCUAGAAAGAGUACCUUCACAUUCUCAGAGUAAAUCAGUUUCUAAGAAAACUUCUGGUUCCUUUUUAGCAAAUAGUAACGAAAUUUCUCGCCUAUCAAAUGGUGUUGUAGGAACCAAAAAAAAGUCCACAAAAUCUUUUGUUUUUUUAGCAGAAGAAUUUAAAGAUUCUUCUCAAGAUCAUAUCAAGAAGGAUAACAAUCUCAAAGCCGUUCCUUCCGCUAAAAGAAUUAAGUUAGAUAGAUGCUUAGACGUUAAAAAAAAUUCUAAAAGUAUAUUUAGUCAUUUUUAGUUUUUCUUUGUAUAAUGCUGAAAUAUUUUGUAAAAAAAUUUUUUUUUUUUUAAUCUUUCAAUGUAAAUAAAUC